AGUGUAUAGAUAAAGGCCGCGUUUACGUUGGUCAUUCGUGCAGUCUGUUCGCGUAAUUCCCGCCGAAAAUUCGAUAAUAGUUUAGGAAAGAAAUUUAGCUAAGCUUCAUUUAAUUAACUUAAUAAUCAAUAAAAUUUUCUAUGAUAAAAUAAAUAAUACAUAGAUAUAAUAUUUAUUACAUCUUUUAUGUAAAAUCUAUUAUGAUAAAUUUUUUACUUUAAAACGGCUUCUCUAUCAUACUUGUCAUUAUUUUUAACUUUCAAUACUAUGCGGUUUAAUUUAUUAAUCUUGUGCCUGGCACAAGUUUAUAAUACUCGAGCAAGAUCUGUCGAUUUUGUAUACUUAACGAAAGGAUUUUUUCGAAGUGAAAACGGAUUACAGCCAUCAUGUCUAAGUCAAAUCUAUUGCGAGAGUGAUCUUUUGAAGGAUGUUCAACUGUCGCAUAUAUACCCUGACUCCAAAAUCUUUGUUGAUAAAAAGCUCAAAUUUACCGAAUCAGAAAUAUUGGAAAAUUACUCAAAGUUAAAACAAAGUAAUAAUAAUCAAGUUCCAUCAAACCCAGAACUACAAAAAUUCGUCGAUGAAAACUUUGAAGAUGGUGAUGAGUUAGAAAAAUGGAUACCUACUGAUUUCACUGAGAACCCUUCAAUUGUUAAUAGGAUUCGUGACCCAAAUUAUCAGAAUUGGGCUAAAAACCUCAAUCAUGUAUGGAAGACAUUAGCACGAAAAAUAAAAAAAGACGUGUACACUCAUCCUGAUAGAUAUUCAUUAAUCUGGGUACCCAACGGUUUUAUAAUACCCGGUGGUAGAUUUAAAGAACUAUACUAUUGGGAUACCUAUUGGAUCGUCAAAGGAUUAUUACUAUGUGACAUGAGACAAACAGCAAAAGGUGUAAUUGAUAACAUUAUAUCGAUGGUAAACGUGAUUGGUUUCAUGCCCAAUGGUGGUAGAGUAUACUAUUUAAACCGAACUCAACCACCAAUGCUUAUUUUAAUGGUUUUGAGUUAUUUUCAGGCUACUAAUGAUAAAGAAUACGUAAACUCUGUUUUACCUGUUUUAGAGGCCGAGUUAAACUACUGGAUGGAAAAUCGUAUGAUAAGUUUUGACAAAAAUGGUAAAACUUACACCAUGGCUCGUUAUUAUGCUCCGUCGAGAGGACCACGACCAGAAUCUUACAGGGAAGAUUACGAAAUAGCAGAAACGCUUCAAUCAGAAAAAGAAAAAGAAGAAUUUUAUAUUAAUAUUAAAUCUGGAGCUGAAACAGGCUGGGAUUUUUCUAGUAGAUGGUUUAUUAAUGCCAAUGGAAGUCAUGAAGGUGGAUUGGUUGACGUCAAUGCUCCAAGUAUUAUUCCAGUUGAUUUGAAUAGCAUUUUGCACGUUAACGCUUUAACGUUAAGUACAUGGUUCAUUCAAUUGGGCGAUGCUAAAAAAGGAACCGAAUACCAAAAAAUUGCUGAUGAUUUACUUAUUGGCAUUCAAGAAGUAAUGUGGAGGCCAGAUAAAGGAGCGUGGUUUGAUUGGGAUAUAAUAAACAAUAAAAAUCGAGAAAGUUUUUACAUUUCUAACGUAGUACCAUUAUGGACAGGAAGUUACAGUAUGCCUAAAAAAGCGGUCGCUAGCUCAGUUUUAGGGUAUUUAAAAGACCAACACAUUAUCGAACCUGACUACAGUAUAAAAUAUAAUGGUACACCUACAUCUUUAUAUUCAUCAUCUCAACAAUGGGACUUCCCUAAUGCAUGGCCUCCUCUACAGGCUUUUAUCAUUCAAGGGCUAGAUAGAACGCAACAAAAGUUAGCACAACAAGUAGCAGCAGACUUAGCCGAUGUUUGGCUACGAAGUAACUACAAAGGUUUUUCUGAAAAAUCUAUGAUGUUUGAAAAAUACGACGUUUUAGCUUCAGGUGAAACUGGUGCUGGUGGCGAGUAUACUCCUCAAACAGGGUUUGGUUGGUCAAAUGGAAUAGUAUUCGAAUUUUUGGACCGAUGGGGAGAUGCUUCCUAUGAUAAAAAAAAUGGAUACUCGAAUUCAAAUACGACAUGCAAUUCGUACUUUUGUAAGCUUAAAGGUUUAAAAGACAAAAUUCAGUCUUGGUCAAAUAAUAAUUAAGAAGGGAUGGAUAAUGUUGGCUAUAAGUGGACAUCGAAAUAAUACAACACGUGAUGGUUUUACAACUUAACAGAAAAAAAUCUGAAAACACAAAUCAGUAUUAAAUUAAUAUGUUAUAUAUAAUUAUUAUAAAUUAUACGUAUGUAUAUUGUUUUUCAAUCUUUUAUUCUUAAAAGAUUCAAUGUAUAUUUAUUUAAGGUAAUAUAGUCGAAACAAUAUUAAAAAGUAACCUUUGUUUGUUAUAAAAUUUUGUAUAAAUGAAUUCCAAUCUAAAUU